AUGGAGGAAAUUCAAGACCAUUGUUACCCUCCCCAGGAGUGGUCGACCAACAAAGAUCACUCCAAGAGCAAGGCGUGUAAUAGUCGGCAAAGUCACAAAGGACCCCAGGGUAACUUCUAAGCAACUGAAGGCCUCUCUCACAUUGGCUAAUGUUAGUGUUCAUGAGUCCACCAUCAGGAGAACACUGAACAACAAUGGUGUGCAUGGCAGGGUUGCAAGGAGAAAGCCACUGCUCUCCAAAAAGAACAUUGCUGCUCGUCUGCAGUUUGCUAAAGAUCACGUGGACAAACCAGAAGGCUAUUGGAAAAAUGUUUUCUGAACGGAUGAGACCAAAAUAGAACUUUUUGGUUUAAAUGAGAAGCGUUAUGUUUGGAGAAAGGAAAACAUUGCAUUUCAGCAUCAGAACCUUAUCCCAUUUGUCAAACAUGGUGGUGGUAGUAUCAUGGUUUGGACCUGUUUUGCUGCAUCUGGGCCAGGACGGCUUGCCAUCAUUGAUGGAACGAUGAAUUCUGAAUUAUACCAGUGAAUUCUAAAGGAAAAUGUCAGGACAUCUGUCCAUGAACUGAAUCUCAAGAGAUGGUGGGUCAUGCAGCAAGACAACGACCCUAAGCACACAAGUUGUUCUACCAAAGAAUGGUUAAAGAAGAAUAACAGGUCAUAACGUGUCUCUCGAAAACUCCUCCUAUUCAGGCAGUGCCAAGUCUGACAUAACUGAAGUCCUUCAUUAACAGCCUGCAGUGUUCUGCUCUGAAGUGAAAGUGAAGCUCUGAGCAUUCGGACUAAAGAGAACAACAACAGCAGCAAAAUAAAAUGGCUUCUAAGUUUUCAGAGGAGGAUUUGUCCUGUCCUGUGUGCUAUGAAAUCUUCAAGGAUCCUGUUCUUCUGCACUGCAGUCACAGUGUGUGUAAAGUGUGUUUGCAGCAGUUCUGGGAGACCAAAGGAUCCAGAGAAUGUCCUCUUUGUAGGACGAAGUCAUCUGUGACUGAGCCUCCCAUAAACCUGGCCUUAAAGAACCUGUGUGAGACUUUGUUACAGGAGAGAAGUCAGAGAUCUUCAUCAGGGUCUGAAACCGUCUGCAGUCUGCACAGUGAGAAACUCAAACUCUUCUGUCUGGAUCAUCAACAGCCGGUGUGUGUGGUGUGUCGAGAUUCAAGAAAACACACCAACCACAAAUUCUGCCCCAUUGAGGAGGCAGUAACAGACUGUAAGGAGAAGCUCAAAACUGCACUGAAACCCCUACAGGAGAAACUGAAGAUCUUUAAAGACUGUAAACUGAACUGGAGUCAGACUGCAGAACAUAUAAAGAUUCAGGCCCAACACACAGAGAGUCAGAUUAAGGAGGAGUUUGAGAAGCUUCACCAGUUUUUACGAGAUGAAGAGGCAGGCAGGAUCACUGCACUGAGAGAGGAAGAGGAUCAGAAGAGUCAGAUGAUGAAGGAGAAGAUUGAGAAGCUGAGCAAAGACAUAUCCUCUCUUUCAGACACAAUCAAAGCCAUAGAAGAGGAGAUGAGAGCUGAAGACGUUUCGUUCUUAGACAACUACAAGGCCACAGUGAAAAGAGCUCAGAGCACACUGCAGCAUCCAGAGGAGCUUUCAGGAGCACUGAUCCAUGUGGCAAAACAUCUGGCCAACCUGCACUUCAGAGUUUGGAAGAAGAUGCAGUACACCGUCCAAUACACACCUGUAACUCUGGACCCCAACACUGCUCAUCCUGAACUCAUUGUAUCUGAUGAUCUGAAAAGUGUGAGACGCAGCAAUGAGAAACAGAAACUUCCUGAUAAUCCAGAGAGAUUUGAUAAAUAUUGGUGUAUCCUGGGAUCUGAGGGCUUUAACUCAGGGACACACUGCUGGGAUGUGGAAGUUGGAGACUGUACACGGUGGAUUGUGGGUGUGAUGACAGAAUCUGCUCAGAGGAAGGGGGGGAUAUUCUCCAGAAGUGGAAUCUGGUGUGUGCAGUAUUAUGAUGGUAAAUAUUUCGCAGGUUCUACACCACAUCCAUUCACUCAGCUCUCAGUCGCACAGAAACUCCAGAGGAUCAGAGUGAAGCUGGACUGGGACAGAGGAAAACUGUCAUUCUCCGACCCUCUCACUAACACACACUUACACACUUUCACACACACAUUUACUGAUAAAUUACUGCCAUUCAUGAAUGUUAAUGGUUCCAUAAAGAUCCUCCCACUUGAGUGCUCUGUAAGAGUGAAUCAGAUCAGUUAGCAUUGAUGUUAUUUUAUUACAGUUCAUUAAUAAAAUACUGCAAAUUAAAAGUUUCGUGUUCUUUGUGUGUCAUCGCCCCCCGGAAACCCUGUAUUGACAGAAUAUCUUGAAAUAAUGAAUUAACUCAAAUAAUAAGAUGUCUUAAAAUAUAUUAUUAUGAUAUAUUUUGAAAGUAUGAGGAAGUCAAAAUAAUAAGUGAAAUAAUGACACACUGUCUUGAAAUAACAAGGUAUUAACUCAAAAUAAUGACUUGGCGUUUAAUUAAAAUCACAAAAGAGUGUUUAAAUGCAGAAUGAGCUGAAAAGAUUAUUUAAUUUUAUUUAAAAAGUUUUAAAUAAACUGAAAAUUUGAAAGCUCAUGUCUUUCCUGUAUUUGUACUUGUUAGCGUUUGCUGUUAAUCUUGGAUGAAAUGUUUAGCUGUGUGUGUGUGUGUGUGAGAAACUGUGCAGUGGAGGAGAAUUUAAGCUCUAAGUUUCCCUCCACCAGCAGUUUGUGGUUUUGUAAAGAUCAGAUGGAUUUGUAUGUUCAUGCUGCAUUAGGUGAUGAUUCACAAGUUCAAAUCAAUUCUGAGUGAAAUAAAUUCACUUUGUUCAUUCUGAUAUUAAACAUUGUUAAUCUGCAUAAUGGGACAAUUAAAAUAUGCACAAAUAAAUAUGUCUGUAAUCUGUGUAAUGUUUAUUAUUAAUAGUUAAAAUGUUAAUGAUGUGGGCAAUUAUAUAUUUGUACAGAUGUGUGCAGUGGUUGUUGUUAUUUUCAUGAUUAGUAUCAGGGAUGUGUUCAGUUUAAUGUCUGUGUAAGUGAUCACUGAGAGGAUGUGGGAGAGAGAGGCAGGUGAGAGAGUCAGUCAUUAAAGGUGUUAAAAGCAACAAUUUU